CCACGCACAGCUGGGCUGUAGCGGCUGGAUCCGCCUUCCCGGCAAGCCGGAGCCGGGAGCCUCGCACAGAGGGGCUCCGGGCUUGACAGCAGAAAGGCAGGAAUCCUCCUGCACCGAGGGAGGAUGAGCUGGUCACCAACGUGAAGCUGGGCUUCUGCUUGCCAGGGGGAUCCAGAAAUGGGCUACUGCAGGAGACCGGGUCUGCUUUCCUUGCUGCUGCUCUCCUUGUCCUGCGGGGCCGGCGCCCGCCGCAGCCUCAAGACCAACCUGUGCAAGUGGUGCGACUCCACAGCCCCGGCCUGCGAGGAGAGCGUGUGCUACAGCAACUGCAACCUCAACUCCUACUGCGAGGACCCCUACGAGAUCUGCGUGGCGAUAUGGAGACAGGACAACGAGAGCAUCAGGAUCAGCACGCUGUGCCACAACCCCCAGCGCCCCAUCGAAAACCUCAUGGUCCCCAACUACAACACCUCGCGCUGCAUCAUGAGCCACCAGCCCAGCGAGGACGGCGUCAUCUACAUCUGUGGCUGUGUGGAUGAGCAGGAGUGCAACGACAAACUCAUCUUUGAAAACCACACCAAUGGCUACUCCAUGCUGCAGAGCAAAGAGGUGAUCCCAGUGGCUGCCAUCAGCCUGCUGCCCCCGCUGCUGGUGGCGGUGAUGGUCACGGUGAUAUUUUACCUCUGCCGCACGCAGAGGCGACGCAAGCGAGCCAAGGCGUGGGGUGGCAAACAGGGACAGCCGCCGGUGCUGCCGGAGCAGGGGAAGGCAGGCGAGCGGGAGGAGAAGCUGUCCGUGCUGAUGGAUGAGAGCCCAGCCAGCAGCAGCCGCCCCGCUGAGCUGCUGCCCAUCGAGCUGGACGAGAUGGUGGGCAAGGGGCAGUUCGCCGAGGUGUGGAGGGCCAAGCUGAGCCACAGCCGCUCGGGGCAGUACGAGACUGUGGCCGUGAAGAUCUUCCCCUGCGAGGAAUACUCCUCCUGGAAGAACGAGAGCCAGAUCUUCACCGACACCAGCCUCAGGCACGACAGCGUCCUGCAGUUCCUCACUGCCGAGGACCGGGGCACGGGGCCCCGCCGGGAGUACUGGCUCAUCACCGCCUACCACAGCCGGGGCAACCUCAAGGACUACCUGUCCCACCACGUGCUGAGCUGGAUGGACCUGCAGAAGAUGGCUGGGUCGCUGGUGAGCGGGGUGGCCCACCUUCACAGCGACUACACGGCCUGCGGCCGCCCGAAAAUCCCCAUCGCCCACCGCGACAUCAAGAGCACCAACGUGCUGGUGAAGAGCGAGCAGGAGUGCGUGCUCUGCGACUUCGGCAUCGCCAUACGCCUCGACCCCUCCCUCACCGUGGAUGACUUUGCCAACAGCGGGCAGGUGGGCACCGCCAGGUACAUGGCCCCAGAGGUGCUGGAGUCCAGAGUGAACCUGGAAGACCUGGAGUCUUUCAAGCAGAUGGAUGUCUACUCCAUGGCCCUCGUCUUGUGGGAAAUGGCCUCCAGAUGUGAAGUGGUAGGAGAGGUAAAGAAUUAUGAGCUGCCCUUUGGGUCGAAAGUCCAGGAGCAGCCCUGUGUGGACACCAUGAGGGACAUCGUGCUGCAUGGCAGGGGCCGGCCCGAGAUCCCAAGCAGCUGGCUGGUGCACCAGGGAAUGCGCUUCCUGUGCGACACCAUCACGGAGUGCUGGGACCACGACCCCGAGGCGCGGCUCACCGCCCACUGCGUGGCCGAGCGCUUCAACCUGAUGGCACAGAUGGAUUGUGAUGACAUCCUCAACAACAACACGGACAAUGAGGCCAGCAAAACAGCUGCUCCAGGUGGGGAGCUCCAGGACACUGAUGGGAGCAGAAACGUUCAGUGAUGCAGCAGGCAAAAGUCCUCAUCACAAGGAACAAGAGGAUAAGGGAGAAGCAUUUAGGUCAUGGGGGAAAAAAACCUCACUGUUUUUCAAAAUGGAACUAAGAUCUAGUACAUAAAUUAUUUAUAAGAUCUGUUUCCUCCCACAGAUACAAUGAACUGAGGAAUCAAUAUUUUGGCUAAAGUGAAACAUUAUUAUAUGAACUGACUUUGUACUUACUUAAAAUGUAUAAUGAUGCAAAGCAUUCCUUCUAUUAUUUUUUAAAAUAAUAAUGUUUAAUCUUUUAUUAAUAAGCAGCUGAA